AUGUCUGUAAGAGGCAAACAACAAUGUGACAGGAAAGCAGUAAUAGAGUCCACUGCACCUUCAGUGUUCCAUCCACAAGUAACCAAAGAGCAACAAAGUGACAGUACGGAGCAAGCUGGAAAGACAGCAAUGCCUACGGAUCGAUGA